AUGGGAGUGGAGAAACAAGUUAUCAGACCAGGAACCGGUCCCAAACCAACUGCUGGUCAAAUCGUCACCGUUCACUGCACUGGUUUUGGGAAAAAUCGUGAUCUCUCUCAGAAGUUUUGGAGCACAAAGGAUCCCGGGCAGGAGCCUUUCUCAUUCAAAAUUGGCCAGGGAUCAGUUAUUAAAGGAUGGGAUGAAGGUGUCAUGGGAAUGCAAUUGGGAGAAGUUGCGCGUCUGCGGUGCUCUCCCGACUAUGCUUAUGGAGCUGGUGGAUUUCCAGCAUGGGGAAUACAACCAAACUCGGUCCUGGAUUUUGAGAUCGAAGUCCUGAAGGCAGAGUGA